AUGACACGCCGCCUCGGCCGCGACGACUACACGGUGGGGUGGGUCUGCGCUUUGCCAAUCGAACUGGCCGCGUCUCAAGAGAUGCUCGACGAUGAGCAUGAAGACCUCGCCCAGGACAGCAACGAUGCCAACAUAUACACUCUCGGAAGCAUUGGCGAGCACAAUGUCGUUAUUGCCUGCCUGCCUGCGGGCCAGACCGGCACCAACUCGGCCGCGGCGGUUGCAAUGCAGAUGAAGUCCGCCUUCCGCUCGAUUCGAUUCGGGCUCAUGGUUGGGAUUGGAGGCGGCGUCCCUGGCGCAGGAGCGGAUGUCCGACUCGGAGACGUUGUCGUCAGCCAGCCGGGCAAAGGCUAUGGCGGGGUCAUCCAAUACGAUUUCGGAAAGUCGACGCCGAGCGGGUUCGAGCGAUCCGGGUUCCUAAACACACCUCCGCCAAUCCUCCUCGCUGCCCUCGCGAAGCUGCGAGCGAACCUCGACCGUGGCAAGAGCAGUCUCUCGGUGCACAUCUCGAAAGUCGGCAGGCUGCCCAAGUUCAGCCGCGCCUACGCUGGUGACGACGUACUGUUCGACGCGGGCUACGAUCAUGUCGGAGGGAGCAGCUGCGCAUCGUGCGACAACACACAGAAGCUGCAGCGGGAGGCACGGGCAGUCGAUACACCCGAAGUCCACUACGGGACGAUCGCAUCGGCGAACCAGGUCAUGAGGGUUGCGGCUACAAGAGACCAGAUCAGCUCUGAAUUCGGAGAGGUGCUGUGCUUCGAGAUGGAGGCGGCGGGCCUGAUGAACAGCUUCCCGUGCCUGGUGAUCCGUGGCAUCUGCGACUACGCGGACUCGCACAAGAACAAGAGAUGGCAGCCGUACGCAGCCGGGACAGCGGCAGCAUGUGCGAAGGAGCUCCUGCGGGUGAUACCGGUCAUGGACGUGUUGAGGACACAGACGGCCGAUGAGAUGACACGAGACCGGACGCCUAUUUUCUACCUCCCCUUCCUACGCAAUCGUCAGUUUGUCGGUCGGAGGGCGGAACUCGAUGUGCUGAAACAAAAGCUGCUUGUGGACAAGGAUUGCCAGACGAUGGCAAUCAGCGGCCUCGGUGGUGUCGGCAAGACGCAAGUUGCCCUGCAAUUUGCAUGCUCUGUCAAGGAAGAGCAUCCGGACUUGUCCAUCUUCUGGGUCCAAGCGUCGAGUAUGGAGACCUUUGAGCGCAGUUGCAUGGAGGUGGCAACGGCGUUGGGAAUACUCCAGGAAAGCAAAGAUGACGCCAAGAGACUGGUACAGCGGUGGUUGUGUGGGAAGAAGGCGGGCAGAUGGUUGCUCAUCGUCGACAACGCCGAUGACCUGGACCUGCUUCGUGGUUCUGAGCAAACAAAAGGUUUACUAACCUUCCUACCGAAAAGUGAAGAUGGCCUGACCAUAUUCACCACGCGCCAUGGAGAGGUGGCGCAAAGCCUGGCUGGCAACGACGUGGUUGAAAUAGGAAAGAUGACGACACAGGAAGCGGUAGACUUGGUCAGGAAGUCGCUACUCCGAAAGAACCCUCUUGACAACGAUGAGAUCGUGACAGAUCUCCUCCAUGAGCUGGACUACCUCCCAUUAGCUAUCACCCAAGCGGUAGCAUACAUCAACACACGCAAAAGCCGCAUCUCCGACUAUCUGCGGCUGUUGAAGAACGCAGACGAGGAUACUGUCAUCAUUCUGAGUCGGGAUUUUGACGACCGGACACGAUACCCGAACUCAGCAAACGCUGUCGCGAAGACAUGGACAAUCACAUUUAACAAGAUCCUUGAAUACGACAAACCGGCGGCAGAUCUCCUCGGGUUCAUAUCUUGCAUCGAAUGGAAAGCAAUUCCGUACUCCAUGUUGCCAGCACAUCAUUCUCAAGCCCGGCUGGAAGAGGCCAUCGGCACGCUCUGCGCAUACUCGUUUCUGGAGAGACGAGGCGAUGGCGACAAGUUCGAUAUGCAUAGGCUGGUCCAUCUGGCGACGGGGAUAUGGAUUGGGCAGAAGGGGGCGGCAGCAACGACAAGUGCGGCGGCAUUAAAACACCUCUUGGAAGUCUUUCCAGCCGACGUUUGGGAAAAUCGCGACAUCUGGCGCGAUUAUCUACCGCAUGCGGCACGUAUAGACAAAAAUGAACAGUGCCAGGGUACAGAGGAAAAGAGCGAGCUCUGUUUUGGGGUCGGGCGGUGUCUGUUCAUCGAUGGAAGGAUCAAGGAAGCUGUUCGCUGGCUACGAGAGUCUUGCGAAUGGAGGGAUAUAAAUCUCGCCGAAGACCAUUCCUUACGACUAGCGUCACAGCACGCGCUCGCCAUAGCGUACCGAGAAAACGGACAGGUUAAGGACGCAAUCGAGCUACUCGAGCGUAUCGUCGCGAUACAAGCGAAAGUGCUCGCCGAAGACCAUCCUAAUCGACUAGCGUCGCAGCACCAGCUCGCCAUAGCAUACCAUAAAAACCGCCAGGUUAAGGACGCAGUCGAGCUACUCGAGCGUGUCGUCGCAAUACGUACGGAGGUGCUCGCCGAAGACCAUCCCAGUCGACUAGUGUCGCAGCACGUGCUCGCCGUAGCAUACCAAGAAACCGGACAGGUUAAGGACGCAGUCGAGCUGCUCGAGCGUAUCGUCGCGAUACAAGCGAAAGUGCUCGCCGAAGACCAUCCCUCUCAACUAGCGUCGCAGCACCAGCUCGCUAUAGCAUACCAUGAAAACGGCCAGGUCAAGAACGUAGUCGGGCUGCUCGAGCGUGCCGUCGCGAUAGAAGCGAAAGUACUCGUAGAAGACCAUCCCUCUCGACUAACGUCGCAGUAUAACCUCGCCAUAGCAUACUGGAGAAACGGCCGGGUUAGGGACGCAGUCGAGCUACUCGAGCGUGUCGUCGCAAUAAGAGCAAAAGUGCUCGCAGAAGACCAUCCCGAUCGAUUAGGAUCAGAGAGCGCUCUGGCUAGUUUCUAUAAUGAUUUAUCAGACAAGUCUGAAACGGGACAGAUCUUAGAGUCCUCUACCAACGGCUCAGACACUGAGGAUGAAGACGGACGUCGGUUCGAUCGAGCAUCAGAGGUUCCACGAGCGACGCCCUAUAACAGCAGCGCAUCUGUUGCAGUGUCAGAUCAGUCGGCAGCAGAUCAGGGUCAGGAACCGAAGUCGAGCAACAGUUCGAAGAGAAGACUUCUUAAGUGGGAGGCGGGUAAAAGGCAUUUUCAGGAAGGAUAG